AGGAGAAAACAAGCGAAGAGGCAGUAACAUGAACUUUUAUAGUUUUGGCAGAUGGAUCAGUAGAGUUAGUCAGCAUCCAGUCACAAGUAGUUUUCGACGAACCAUGGCUACAGCAGGAGAAGGGUCAGCAAGUGAUAGCACAGGGAAGCUUAACAGACUUGCAUCUGAGAAGAGUCCAUAUCUAUUGCAGCAUGCUAGCAAUCCUGUUGACUGGUAUCCAUGGAGUGAAGAAGCUUUCAAUGUAGCCAAAAGAGAAAAUAAGCUGAUUUUUCUCAGUGUAGGCUACUCAACAUGCCACUGGUGUCAUGUAAUGGAAAGGGAGAGCUUUGAGAAUCCAGAUAUAGCAAAAAUAAUGAAUGCAAAUUUCAUUAAUGUUAAAGUGGAUAGGGAAGAACGACCGGAUGUGGACAAAGUUUAUAUGACAUUUGUAACAGCUUCUAGUGGCAGGGGAGGCUGGCCAAUGAGUGUGUUUCUUACUCCUGAUUUGGUACCUGUUGCUGGUGGUACAUAUUUCCCUCCUGAGGAUCGCUUUGGUCGUAGUGGUUUUGGAACAGUGCUGAAAAGUUUGUCUCAAAAGUGGAAAGAAGAUGAAGGGAAAUUCAAAGAAUCAGGAAAGAAGAUUAUGGAAGUGCUAGACCGUACAUCUCGUUUAUCUCUAUCUGCACAAUCAGAUUUACCAGGAGAGGAGGCAAUUGCCAGAUGCUAUGCUCAGCUAUCAAGAUCUUACGAACCCCAGUAUGGAGGAUUUGGAGAGUCUCCUAAAUUUCCACAACCUGCAAAUUUCAAUUUCCUCUUUACAUACUAUGCACUGAAUCCUGACCAGGAUGAUGCAAAGAAGAGUUUGGAAAUGGCACUCUUCACUUUGAAGAAGAUGGACCAAGGAGGCAUUCAUGAUCAUGUGGCUCAAGGAUUUGCAAGGUACUCAACUGAUGAAAGGUGGCAUGUUCCUCAUUUUGAAAAGAUGCUGUACGACCAAGCCCAAUUAACCUGCUCUUACCUAGAUGCAUAUGUUAUCACUGGUCAGUCAAGAUUUGCAGAGGUUGUGAAGGAUAUACUGACUUACGUGACAAGAGAUCUCAGUCAUCCAUGUGGCGGAUUCUACAGUGCUGAGGAUGCUGACUCAUUGCCAACACAUGAUGCCAAAGAAAAACGUGAAGGAGCUUUUUGUGUUUGGACUUAUGAAGAGAUCAAUCAACUUCUGGCUGUUCCUGUAAAGGAAGGUCAUGACAGUACUCUUGCUAAUGUAUUUUGUCAUCACUUCUCUGUUGCAGAAGGUGGUAAUGUAAAUCCAUAUCAGGAUCCUCAUGAUGAAUUGAAGAAUCAAAAUGUUCUUAUUGAACACUCUAGUAUUGAAGAGACAGGAGAAGAGUUUGGUCUAACUGAAGAGGAAUGUAAAGUUGCACUUACAAAGUGUUGCCAAAUACUGUAUGAUAUUCGACAAAAAAGGCCAAAACCACAUUUGGAUGACAAGAUGUUGACGUCUUGGAAUGGAAUGAUGCUAGGUGCCAUGGCUAGAGCUGGAGUUAUUCUUGGUGAGAACUCUUACAUAGAGAGAGCUAUACAAGCAGCUGAUUUUGUUAAAACUUAUCUUUUUAAAGAUGGGUUGUUACUUAGAUCAGCCUAUUCUAUGGAAGAUGGUCAGGUUUCUAUUGGUUCAAGUCUUGAAGGCUUUGUUGAUGAUUAUGCGUGGAUGAUUCGAGGUUUUCUAAACCUGUAUGAAGCUACUCUUGAUACUUCAUGGCUUGAAUUAGCAGAAGAAUUGCAAGAUAAGGAGAAUGAACUGUUCUGGGAUACACAGGAGGCUGGUUAUUUUAUGACAAAGGCGGGAGAUAGCUCUAUCUUAUUACGUAUUAAAGAAGAUCAAGAUGGAGCUGAACCAUCAGCGAAUUCAGUAUCUGUAGGUAAUUUAUUGCGUCUGAGUCCACUUCUUGAUCGUGCAGACUACAGGGAAAAAGCAGAAGCAAUUUUUCAGUUGUUUGCUGAACGACUUAACAAGAUACCAAUUGCUCUCCCUGAAAUGACAACAGCUCUUCUUAUUCAUAAAAAGCAUCCAGUACAGAUAAUUCUUGCAGGGAAGAAAGGCACUGAUGCAACACAAAAAAUGCUACAAGCAGUUCAUGGACACCUGAUUCCUAGCCGUGUUAUCUUGCUUGCAGAUGAGAAUCAUGAGUCAUUGCUAUAUAAUCGCCACUCUUCUCUGAGGCACUACCACCCAAAAAAGCCUGAUGAAACAGUUGCCCAUGUAUGCCAAAAUUUCAGGUGCUCAUUGCCAGUUAGUAAUCCAGAACAGCUGGAAGAAACACUCAAUAAUCCAUGUUUUGUAGUGGAAUGAAAUGUUUAAAGCAAUAUCAAAUAUGGGCAAUGAAUAAAAUCACUUGAAAUUAAUUAACUGGCUUUACACACAAUACACACACACACACACACACACACACACACACACACACACACACACACACACACACACACACACACACACACACACACACACACACACACACACACACACACA